AAACCCUCCAUGGAUUGCUUCAAAUUCUUCACCCAUUGAUCCUUUUUCCCCCAAUUUCCUUCAAAUUUUGAGCUAAAAAUGGUGAGUAGGGAGAGAUCAAGCCAAGGGAGCCCCAAAUUAGGUGUCCCAAAGGGGUAUUUGGCUAUAAAAGUUGGGCAUCAGAGUGAAGAAAAGCAAAGAUUUGUGGUGCCUGUCUUGUAUUUCAAUCACCCUUUGUUCAUGCAGCUGCUCAAGGAGGCUGAAGAGGAGUAUGGCUUUGAUCAAAAGGGAACCAUCACUAUUCCUUGUCAUGUGGACCAAUUUAAGUAUGUUCAAGCCUUGAUUGAUCAAGAAAUCUCCUUCCAUUCGCCCCAUCUCCACGUUCCGUGCUUUCGGGUUUGACUCUUCACCCUCUUCUCGGGACUAUUCGAUAAAUUAUUCAAUGAGGUCGCUGCACUGAGACUACCGUCACGUCUCAUCUCGUCUCGUUUCGUCUCGUCUCGUCUCGUCUCGUCUCUCUAAAGAUGUCAGC